AUGGGGUUUCUGGUUACCCCACCAUCCAAUGGUUUCCCAAGAGUUAUGUUGAAAUUAAUUCAAUGUUUGAUAAUUUAUGCAUCUUAUUGUCUUUUCUCCUAUUGGAGGUGUGGUCAUUGCAAGAGCCUUGCCCCUAAUUAUGAACCUCUUGCAUCAGCAUUCAAAAAUGAGGAAGAUGUAGUUAUUGCCAAUCUUGAUGCUGACAAUUACAAGGCUUUUGCUGAAAAGUAUGGUGUGAGUCGUUAUCCAACUAUUAAGUUCUUCCCGAAGAACAACAAAGAUGGGGAAGACUACGAUGGAGGACGUGAUCUAGAUAGUUUUGUGACCUUCAUCAACGAAAAGUGUGGUACUAGCCGAGAUGGAAAAGGGCAACUUACCUCCAAUGAUGGUCUAUUUGCAGAGUUGGAGGGCUUAGUGAAAGAGUUUGUUACUGCUGGUAGUGAUGAAAAGAAAGCAGUAUAUGCUAAGAUUGAGGAGGAAGUUGGCAAGCUCACGGGUUCUGCUGCAAGAUACGGCAAGGUAUAUGUAAAAGUUGCCAAGACUAGUCUGAGCAAAGGUAAUAAUUAUGCGAAGAAUGAGAUUCAACGUCUAGAACGUAUUCUUGCCAAGGUACAAGUCAAUUAA